AUGCAGCAGACACAAUUAAUUGAAAACGUUCUGGCAAAAUAUCCCUUUCUUGUAGAUAUAAAAGACAGCCAAGGUGGCAAUGCCUUGCAAUCCGCAGCAAGUUCUGGGGACAAAAAUGCAUUUAACCUUCUGUUAAAGUUUGGCUGUGAUCCAUAUGAAAAAGAUCGAGACAAUGGCCACACAGUUCUUACUUGUGCUUGUCAGAAUGGUAGGCUUAACAUGGUAAAAUUCCUUAUUGAGAAGUAUCCUGCAUUACUCCAGGAACACACAGAUUUUCUAGGAAAUAGUGUUUUGUAUUGGGCAGCUUUCAGUGGGAAAAUAGAUAUGUUUGAAUAUAUUUUGAACCUCUUUGAAAAUGAAAAUGAAUGUCAUAUAUCAAGUAGCAUAAAACCAAAGGCUGAUGGAAAGGCUAAAUCAGGUGAAACUAUUCUGCACGGAGCAUGUAGAAAUGGCCAUUUUGAUAUGAGUGAAUAUCUGUUGGGCAGAUACCCGCAAUUACUGGAUGUCUAUGACAUUGAUGGGGCAAAUGUCCUCCACUACACAGCUGUAGGAGGCAACGUAGAUCUUUUUAAGUAUCUAUUAAGUAAAGGAUUAAAUGUUAAUUGUACAACAAAUAUGGGAAUAAGUGUAUUACACAUGUGUUGUGCUUCGGGUAGAGAGGAAAUGUGUAGGUAUCUUGUAAAUAGGUAUCCAGGUUUAAUAUCUGUCAUAGAUUAUAGAGGAUGGACAGCGUUACAUUCUGCCUGCUGGGGAGGUAGUGUAGAAAUUGUGUCUUUUCUUAUAGAAAAAGGGAUGGAAAUUAAUGCUUUGUCAAAUGAUGGUAGAAGUAUCCUUCAUAUAGCUUGUCUCAACGGAGAAUAUGAAGUUUGUGAAUAUUUAGUUGAGAUUAAUCCCGAUCUAUUAAAUGUCAAGGACAAAACUUAUAACACAGUGUUGCAUGAUGCAGCCUGCGGAGGUAAUGUUCAAAUAGUAAAACUUCUGAUUGAGAAAAACAUGGAUAUCAAUGCCCAAGGGACAAAUGGUGAAACAGUUUUAUAUAAGUGCUGUCGCUGGGGUAAAAUGGAGAUGUGUGAGUAUUUAGUCAGUAAUUUUCCAGAGUUAUUGAAGAUAAGGGACAAUAAGGGGUGGACAGUGUUACAUUUAGCUUGUAACGAAGGAAGUGUGGAAACUGUGUCUUUUCUAAUAGAAAAGGGAUUGGAUCUAAAUGCCUUGACAAAUGAUGGUGAAAGUAUGUUGUAUAUAGCUUGUCUUAAGGGGAAGUUUGAAGUUUGUGAGUAUUUAGUUGAGAAUUAUCCCCAUCUAUUAGACGUCAAAGACAAAUCUAGUAACACAGUGUUGCAUGCUGCAGCCUGGAGAAGUAAUGUUCAAAUAGUAAAACUACUGAUUGAGAAAAAGAUGGACAAAAAUAUCAUACAGGAAGAGGGUGAAACAAUUUUACAUCAAUGCUGCCUCUGGGGUAAAAUAGAGAUGUGUGAGUAUUUAGUCAAUAAUUUUUCAGAUUUAUUGGAGAUAAUGGACAAUGAGGGAUGGACAGCGUUACACUCAGCCUGCUGUGGAGGAAGUGUAGAAAUUGUGUCUUUUCUUAUAGAAAAAGGAAUGGACAUUAAUACCUUGUCAAAUGAUGGUAGAAGUAUUCUGCAUAUAGCUUGUGUCAAUGAGAAAUUUGAAAUUUGUGAGUACUUAGUUGAGAAUUAUCCCCAUCUAUUAGACGUCAAAGACAAAUCUAGCAACACAGUGUUGCAUGCUGCAGCUUGGGGAGGCAAUGUUCAAAUAGUAAAACUAUUGAUUGAGAAUAAGAUGGACAUAAAAAUCCCAAGGAAAAACGGUGAAACAAUUCUACAUCUUUGCUGCCGUUCUGGUAAAAUGGAGAUGUGUGAGUAUUUGGUCAAUCAUUUUUCAGAUUUACUGGAGAUAAGGGACAAUAAUGGAUGGACAGUGUUACAUUCAGCUUGUAACGGAGGAAGUUUAGAAAUAGUUUCUUUUCUGGAAUGCGCCAAAAUGAAUUGGAAAUAA